AUGAAAUUUUUCAUUAUUAUUACACUUGCAUUAUGUUUAUACAUAAUACUUGAUAUCCUAUUAAACAAUCAAAUGUGGGAGGCUAACACUGUCCUUACAGUUUAUUUAUAGGAACACUAAUUUCCAGGGGAAAAAGAACUAUUUCUGUUUUUUUCAUAUUCUCUAUUUGCAAUGCCAGGAAUAGCAUUAAUAGCAUUUUUGUUUUUCGACAAUAAAUUAGGAGCCUUGCUUUAUGCUUGUUUGAUUUAAGCAGUCUUUGCAGAGAAUUCAAUUCUCAAAAACAUAUACCAUCAAGCAAGACCAUAUUUUAUCGAAGAUCAAAUACAACCCUAUGAGUGCAAUAAAGAAUACGGGAAGCCUUCCGGUCAUGCAAUGUCAUCAUCAGCUAUGUGUUUUCUCGUCCCCUGUAUAAUAUUCCCUGUCAUUUUAAAGGAUCAAUCAAAGUAAUUCAAAUUUAUGAAAUUAUGAAAUAGUUACAAAUACCCAUUUUAUUUUAGAGUAAUUAUCAUUUCUAUAGUCACCGCUUGGACAUUUAUGACUGGACUGUCUAGAGUUUUCAUGGGCGUUCAUUCCUUCGGAUAAAUCCUACUCGGUUGGGUCUAUACAGCCUAUACCAUAAUAAUAUAUUUGCGUUAUUUUCACACUCCAAUUUCCAAUUACAUCAAGUAAUGUUUACAGCCUGGAUCAUAAGGAGUGUCCAGUAAUGUGAUUAAAGGAGUGGGAUUAUUUGCUUUUGGAUGGACAUGUUUAUCAAUUUUACUCUUUGAAUUCAAUCAUGAAGUAUUUCUUGAUGAAAGUGAAGUGGAGGGGUGGUUGAAUGCUCUGUAUUAGAAGUGUGAAAAUCAAACAACUCAUUAUAACAUUAACAGUCCAUAAGUUUUACAUAACAUUUGUUUUAGUUUGAGCUUAUAUAUUUGGUUUCCUUUUAGUUUUCUCUUGGGAAUCAAGUUAAGUAAAGGAAUUUACAAUGAAAAUCAGUUCAGUAUCAAUUAUAAGUUGCUAAACUUCUGGUAGAAACUUAGCAGAGUAUUGAUAUUCCUGUUAUUGCUUUCUACUUUGGUUCCUAUAAUUUUAAUCAAAUAUUAAAAUACUUACGCAGAAGCAUUCGGAAAGGUAUACAAUAUGUAGAUUAACUAGAUCCUUCCAAUUUCCAUUUUAAGUGGAUUGAUUAUCACUUACAUCUACUCAUAGAUUUUAAAUUACUUCAAACUUACGAUUGAGGGAGAUUUUAUAUAAAUAUCACCUUCGUUAGUUUCAACACCAGAAGGAUACAAGGCCAGCGAAUUAGGGUAGUUAAACUUUUGAAGAAAUGUGGAAUGUAAUUUGAUAAUUAAAGGUUCUCAAAUAUAUUUUAUUAAGAAAUUCAAUAUUAUUAUUAAAUUAUGCAAAAUCUUUAUAAUUAAAUACCUUUGUUCAUAACAAGUAACGAAUUUAUUAAUCUAGAGUGAUCAAGGGAUUGGAUAUCUUUGGAUAGUCUAUUACAUUAAAUAUUAACAGAUAGAAAACAUAUACAACAAUUUUUGGAGGAUUGUCAUCUAUACUUAUUAUAGCCAUUCUUAUUGCAUUCUUUUAAUCCAAUAUUAUAUCAUUUUUCAAAAAAACAGGAGUCAUUUUUUCUACUUAAACCUCAUUCGAUCCAAACCCUGAUAAAAUUGUAAUGAACAUAUAAAAUUAUAUGGCUGCAUUUUCUAUAGAAUAGAGUAAUUUUGUAGAUAAGCCCCUGUUCAAUAUUACGAUAGAACAAAGGUAAGUACACAUACAUAUUAAUUUAGGUAUUACUAAAGAGAUAACCAAGGCAAUUUGAUUAAAUAAAUUAAUUAUUUAUAAUUGGAACCAUGCACAUUAGAUCAUUUUUAAUUAGUUUUAAAUUAACCUGAUUACGAUUUCGAAUCCGAAUACUAUAAGCUUUAAUUAAAUUAAUGGCUUUGUCCACAGUAAUUAAAUGACUGAUAAUUUUAGAAAAGAUUUUUAAUUUACUAUUUAAGGAACUUUCACUAGCAAUUCCUUUGAUUUUAUAAGAGUGAUUGUAAGUGAUUGUGAUGAUACCUAAAGUGGAUAUUAGAAUUGGAAACCUACUUGUGCUUCCCAAUCUUCGUAAGCCGAAUAUUUAAAUGCACAUGAAUCAUUUAAGUUGUAAAUCUAUCAAGUCAACAACGUUGUUAAUCCUAAUUCUCCAAAACAAUAUUAUUAGUCAUAUCUUGAUGGAGAGAUGUACUUUACUUUUAUCCCUUAAAAAUUGUCAAGAUCAGCUAAUUUAUUUUUCAGAAAAUACUAAUUCUAAAAUGAUGAUUCCUUAUUACCAUUUUAGUAAGAUUUAUACAUAUUGGUUAGAUCGAUUAAUUAAAAAGAAUUGGUUGUGAGAUAAAGCGUAGAUUACAGAGAUCUAACAGAAAUUGGAAGAUAGGGUGAUAAAAAUUAUGCUAUUGUUUAUUUAAGAAGAAGUCAAUUCUCAGAAUAUAUAAAUAGGAGAUUCACUAAAAUCGAUGAAUUAUUGUCCUUUCUUGGGGGAUUUUUAUAAAUUAUGAUUGCAGGUUUCGGAAUAUUUAUUAUGUAUUAUAAUAAAUUAUAAUGUAACUUUAUUAAUCAUAUACUAGUACAAAUUGAAUUAUCAAAUAAACUAUUUAACUUUCCAGAAAAAUAUGGAAAAGCAAAAAUCAAGAAUAAUCAAGUUCAGCAAACCUUAGAAAGUUCAAUGUACAAUGACUCUAAAUUUAUUAUAAAUUCUGAGCAAGGAGCAUCUAAAGCCACACUAAUUAUUGAUAAAGAAAAAUGCACAAUUACAAAAUCUAUUUUUAAAUUAUUUGAACAAUCUUAAAGAUUAAAGUUAUCUCUGAAAUCAUUAAUAAAUCAUUUAUCAUUUAAACUGAUUUUUAAUAAUGAUGAAACUAAACUGUUUUAGAAAGCCAUGUAUAAGAUUGAUCAAAUAUUAUAGGGAUACAGUAGAUUAGAAUUUGGACAUUUAAGAAAUCCUCUAUUAAUUGUAGGAAAUAUUCAAAUUGAAGGCAUUGAUAUUGAAAAAGCAGUAAAUAACGUUAUUCAAUUUUACGCCUAAACCAAAUUUGACAUUAAAGGAUGAGGAGCAAGUUCCAAAUAGAUUAAUGUUUGAAUAAACACUUUCAGAGGAUGAGAAAAAGGGAUCACAAAAAGAUGAGUUAAUAAGCGAACUUUACAAUGUAAAGCAUAGACAUUAUUAUAUAAGGCUUGGGUUGAAAUUAAAUCUGAUAAAACAUAGAAUGUCUGUCAAUAUGAGUUAAAUCAGAGACUCAAUCAAGGAUUAGGAGGUGAAAUUCAAUAAAUUUUUUCAGAUUAUGCCGAAACUGAGAAUAAUCUAAAGAAAUAAAAGGAAAAUUCUUAAUAGAAGAGGCUAAUAGAACUUUAGACUUUAUGAGAAAAUUAUUAUUUUAUGUUAG